GAGAACAUAAGAGUUGUCAAAGUCACCAUAGCCGAGGCCUAUUAAAAAUGAGAACGCUUUUUGCAGUGUAUUUAACAUCGGCCCUGACUGCGCUACUGCUCUGAUAUCAGUGCGCUUGUGAGUGAAAACCUUUGACUCGCAGCGCCAAGAAUCUCUUUACUGGCUUCUGAUUCUUAUUUCACAGCUAAAUAAUUUCAAUUCGCAAUAAUUCGCACCCAAUUUUCACGGCCGAUUGCUAGGUCGGCCAGUCGAUCCCCGACAAAUUCACAGUGAGAUCAAGACUGAUGGGAAGUUCUGUGGAGCAUAGUUCGGGUGAAGACACUGAUGUCUCUGACUCUGAAACUGAGGAAUAUGUGGAGAAGGCACAUGAAGAAUUGAAAAAUGGGAAGCACCAGGUUAAGAUAUCCGAUCAAGCUUACACGUGCCCCUACUGCACUAAGAAAAAGAAGCGUGACUUCCAGUAUAAAGAACUCUUGCAGCACGCAAGCUCGAUUGGCAAUUGUAGUUCGCAGAAAAGAAAUGCAAGAGACAAGGCAAAUCAUCUUGCCCUGGCAAAGUACUUGGAAAACGAGAUGACGGCUAACUCUGGUACUUCAAAGCCUUCUGAUGAAGUAGAUGCCCUUGCAGAAUAUGACAGUGAUGAGAUGCUUGUCUGGCCAUGUAUUGGGAUCGUGGUAAAUAUUCCUACUUACUUUCAGGACGGUCGAUAUGUAGGGGAGAGUGGUAGUAAAUUGAGGGAACUGUUGGCCAGCAGAGGAUUUAAUCCGAUGAGAGUGCGCCCCUUGUGGAAUUAUCAAGGCCAUUCAGGAACUGCUAUUGUUGAAUUUCAGAAGGGUUGGGAAGGACUUCCUAAUGCUAUGUCAUUCGAGACAUUCUACGAGGCUAAGCAUCAUGGAAGGAGGAACUGGCUGGCGAAGAAUGAAAAGAAAUCAGACCUUUAUGCAUGGGUUGCUCGGGCAGAAGACUAUAAUUCUAAUAACAUUGUUGGAGAAAAUCUUCGAAAGAUUGGUGAUCUUAGAACCAUGUCUGAUCUCAAGGAAGAGGAAGCUCGAAAGACUAACAAGCUAAUCGGUAAUUUGACAAAUGUUAUUGAGAAAAAGAAGAUGCACUUGCUAGAGAUGGAGAGUAAGUUUAAGGAGACUGAAAGCUCUCUAAGCCAGUUGAUCAAAGAAAAGGAUGAUCUUCACCAAUCCUACAAUGAAGAGAUAAAAAAGAUUGCAAAUAGUGCCCAAGAUCAUUACAAGAAGAUUUUCAAUGAGCAUGAGAAGCUGAAAUCUCAACUGGAAACUCGUAUGAGAGAUCUUGAACGUUUUGGUGAAGAACUGAACAAACGUGAGACACACAAUGAAAAUGAGAGAAAAAAGCUUGCUGAAGACCUCGAACAGAAUGCUGUCAAAAAUUGCUCCCUUCAAGCUGCGGCUGAGGAACAACGUAAGGCUGAUGAGAAAGUGAUGAAGUUGGCUGAAGAACAGAAGAGAGAAAAAGAGAGGCUCCAUGAGAAAAUUAUUCGACUAGAGAAACAACUGGAUGCAAAACAAGCUGUGCAGCUUGAAAUUGAACAAUUGAGAGGUAAACUCAAUGUUGCAAAGCACAUGGGAGAUGAAGGCGACUUAGAAGUUUUAAACAAAGUGGAAAUGCUGCUCAAGGCAAUGAGGGAGAAGGAAGGAGAACUUCAAGAACUGGACUCAUUAAACCAAACUUUAAUUGUGCAGGAGCGCAAGAUAAAUGAGGAAUUACAGGAUGCUCGCAAAGAAAUGAUUAAUGCCUUGAAAGAGCUGGCAAUAAAUUCUCACAUUAGCGUCAAGAGAAUGGGAGAGCUUGACGACAAGCCAUUUCAUAGAGCAAUGAAAAGGAGGUAUAGUGAGGCCGAAGCAGAUGAGAGAGCUACAGAAUUAUGCUCACUGUGGGAGGAAUACCUUAGAGAUCCUGAAUGGCAUCCCAUAAAGGUGGUUAGCAUCAACAACAAAUAUCAGAACGUGAUUGAUGAAACCGACGAAAGACUAAAAGACUUGAAAGAGAAUUAUGGGGAUGAAGUGUGCAAUGCCGUGAUUACAGCUUUGAAAGAGGUAAACGAAUAUAACCCAAGCGGGAGGUAUAUUACUUCUGAAAUGUGGAACUAUAAUGACGAUAGGAGGGCCAGCCUCAAGGAAGGAGUUGAGGUUUUACUUAAGCAGUGGAGAUUUUACAAGCGAAAGAGAGGAAUGGAUUAACGGGCACUCCAGAUAUCUUCUGUGGUCCUGUACUAAGUAAAUCGGCCUUUCGGUUUAUUUUCCAGAAUAAGAGAAUCGAACUCUGAUAAUGAACCCUUGUAUGGAUGACUUGAGUUAGUAUAAUAGUAUCCUAGAGAUUAUUAUGGCUUGGACAUUUGUUUUCAUCCCUUUUUAUGAGUAGGGUUUUCUCAAUAAUACAUACAUUUUCAUACUAAAAUAUCAUAAUUAUAUUGAAAAAAAAUAAUGACUGACCGGCUAAUCAAUUGGUCCACCAGACUUUGUGUUUCGUCAUGUUUGAAAUGAUCAUUUCAGCACAACAGGAUCUGUCAGGUUUACGUCCUAGAGCAUCUUUAUCAAUGGGUUUGAGGUGAGGUUUGAAAAUGUAAAUCUCAAGGUUUAUCUAUUAUUUGCUAUAGGUAUGAGGUUUGAAUGUUUAAACCUGGUUUGGAUAUGUAAACCUCCCACAAACCUGUAAUAAGGGUCCACACACAUGUCCU